GUCUGCAGUCUCUUGGUCAUCUGUACUGUGUCCGCAGUCUCUGGUCAUCCCCUGUACUGUCUUCAGUCUCUUGAUCAUCCCCUGUACUGUCUUCAGUCUCUUGAUCAUCCCCUGUACUGUCUUCAGUCUCUUUAUCAUCCCCUGUAUUGUCUGCAGUCUCUUGUCUCUGGUCAUCUCCUGUACUAUGUCUGCAGUCUCUGGUCAUCCCCUGUAGUAUGUCCGCAGUCUCUGGUCAUCCCCUGUACUAUGUCCGCAGUCUCUGGUCAUCCCCUGUACUAUGUCCGCAGUCUCUGGUCAUCCCCUGUACUAUGUCUGCAGUCUCUGAUCAUAUCCUGUACUAUGUCCGCAGUCUCUGGUCAUCUCCUGUACUGUGUCCGCAGUCUCUGGUCAUCUCCUGUAUUAUGUCCGCAGUCUAUGGUCAGUCUAUGGUUCUGGUCAUUCUGCACUGUGUCUGCAGUCUCUGGUCAUGUCCUGUACUAUGUCUGCAGUCUCUGGUCAUGUCCUGUACUAUGUCUGCAGUCUCUGGUCAUCUCCUGUACUAUGUCUGCAGUCUCUGGUCAUCUCCUGUACUAUGUCUGCAGUCUCUGGUCAUCUCCU